AUGUACCUAGCUGGAAUGGUGUCUGCUGCCAUACCUGGAGUACUUGCUCGGACUGUAGACUCUCAGUCUGGCUUUCACUUGCCAGUCUUUUGUAUGCAUUGCAUCUUUGAAGUACUGCACUUUACAGGAGGUAGAAGUUAUAUCAGGAGAAUAUGGAAAAGGAAAUUAUGUAUUCAACAUGUGUCAUCCCAAGAAAGUUACAAUAUUAUUAUAAUUGGUAAUACAGAACUUCAAGAAAAACAAGAAGUAAUAGAUGUGAUUGCAAAUUCAAGUAUGACAUUAUUGUACCCAGUGGUCCUAAUCCUGGUUCAUAUCAGCUUGCCAGAAAGUACACCUUUCAGCAAAAAACUAGAUGAGCCAAGUGCCAUCAGGCGACUUGCAAAGGAAGCAAAACAUAGAAAUAUUUUGGUUUAUGGUCUCCUGGUUAAUUAUACAAAGGACUCAGAAGAGCUAAACGAAUCAUUAGAAAAUAUGUGCUUCAUUUCAAAGGCACUUAUAAAGGACAGAAAUUCAGCCUUAACUGGCCAACUGCUUGUUGUGUAAGAGUGAAAGAGCUGAGGACAACAUUUUGUUCACCGUAAAGUUUAAGAGCACCAUAAAAUAUUGUAUAAGCAUGAUAUGCAGUCAUUUUAAAAUGGAAAAUAGAGAAAAAAAACUACGUUUCAUUGUGUGUUUUUUGAAAGUGAGGAAUACACAUUAAGCUUUGUACUGUGUUUUUAGUUGCUUACUGAUAAAGGAAAUAAAUAUAUAUUUAUAACA